AUGCCUUCGGAAGAAAAAGUGGCUCCCGUCCUUUCCACGUAUCAGGAUGACUCUAGUUUUUCAUACAGCAAAGUCCAAUCCACUAGAAAAGAGAGGAGGCAUCUAGAUUUGCAAGACGCUGAUGAUCUUGAAGAAGUGGCAGCCAGAAUACGCCAAUACUACUCGCUCGACCAGUUGGUGGAAAAGCUCCAAGAGACAAAUGACGACGGUUUGAUGAAAUACAAGCGCAUAACCUUGCAGUUCCCCGACAGUUUGAUAUGCGACUCGGCCACGGUUGUUCAUCAUCUUCAAAAGAAGCUAAACCCAGCGGGAGCAAAUAAUCACACUCAAAAGAUAUGGAUCCUUGCGGACACGUCGUAUUCGGAGUGUUGCAUUGAUGAAGUGGCUGCCGAGCACGUGAACAGCGACCUCGUUGUUCAUUUUGGAGAAGCCUGUUUGAACGAGGUUGCAAAAUUGGAGGCAAUAUACGUCUUGGGGAAGCCCAAGGUAGACGUGGAUCGCGUGGUUGAGGAGCUCAAGGGGAAAUUUGGGGUAGAGGAGAAGGUGGUUUUGAUGGCUGAUGCCCCACACACCUAUAUACUCGGCGAGCUAAAGAGCCGUCUCCCCGAGUAUGAAAACCUCACUGUCGCCGACUUGACCUCCAGCUCCAAGAUUAUCGAUUACCAGCAGACCCCCAGCAUUCACACUCAUUUCAACCGCGCCCUUUCCAUCAAGGACACCACGCAGGCCCAGUUAUUCCACAUCACCGUGCCGCAUCCGCCGCGUUUGUUGCAGCUCACCACCUCGUUUGCGUCCGUCACCUUGUUCGACCCCGCGUCCAAUUGCAUUUCCAAUGGACCUUUUCCAAACUUGAUGAGACGAUAUCGGUACGUCUACAAGGCAAAAAGCGCGGGCACAAUUGGAAUUCUUGUAAACACGCUAUCGCUAUCCAACACCAAACUCCUCAUAAACACGAUCAAAGAAGCGAUCAAAGCCGCCGGUAAGAAGCACUACACGUUUGUAGUGGGGAAGCCCAAUGUUGCAAAAUUGGCAAAUUUCGAAAGCAUCGAUGUCUGGUGCAUCCUUGGCUGUGACCAUCUGGGGAUAAUCUUGGAUGAAGUAAAUGAAUUCUUCAAGCCAAUCGUCACCCCGUUUGAGCUCUUACUCGGCUUGAGCGACGAAGUCACUUGGACGGGCAAAUGGGUCACUGACUACAACAGCGUCAUUGCCGAGUAUGAGAAUGCCACUCACGAGAGCAAUGACUCCAACAGAAGCUCCGACGACGAGCCAGAGUUUGACCCUGUCACUGGUAAAUACGUGAGCACAUCUAGGCCGUUGAGGCAAGUGGACCACCUCGCAAUCAAGAACGAUGAAACUCCGCAAAAUAGUGAGCUUGUGCAGCGGUUUUCCAAUACCGUGUCGAUACGAAACACGGUCAGCACUUCUGCUAUCCAUUUGCAGAACAGACACUGGACCGGACUAGGAAGCGACUACUACAAAGACGACACCGAGGAGGGCGCUGCUGUUGAAGAAGGCAGGGCAGGCAUCGCUAGAGGAUACGGUGAAAAAACCAACUAG